AUGGUGUGGGGUUAUGCGGUCAACGGUAUCAGCACGAAUUUGGCAAGGGACUUGGGCACCAGGAUCGUGGCUGCUAUAUUCUUUGGAGGGGAAAGCUUCACCUAUUUGAAUUAUUCGUGGAUCGCUAUUUUGGUCAACAUUCCGGCUACAGUCUUUGCUACGGGAUAUUAUGAGUUCCUGAUGCGAGACUCACUCUCGUCGAUUGGGAAGGGACAUGCUGUACACGAGGAUGGAGAGGAAGGGUUGCAGAGACACAUUAGCAAGGCUGGCGUGAUUGAAACUGGGGCUGCGAACGCGUUGAGGAGUAGGAAAGGUAAGAACUCGUCUGAUGAUACCAUUUGA